GUUUAAAAUUCGUGUUGAGGGUUCACAAAAAACAUUUAAAUGUUAGGCUCUCUAGUAUUAGACGAUGGAACCACAUACAAGGGCACCAUAUUUGGUUCCCCCAAAUCAAUAUCUGGUGAAAUUGUGUUCCAGACGGGUAUGGUGGGGUACCCGGAAUCGUUGACCGACCCAUCGUACCACGCCCAGAUUUUAGUCCUCACGUACCCCCUCGUCGGCAACUACGGCAUCGCUUCCGACGAAUCCGACGACAACGGAAUCGAGAAGAGAUUCGAGUCGCAUCGGGUGUGGGCCGCCGCCCUGGUGGUGGGGGAGUUGAGCGAUCAGCACCACCACUGGAGCAGCUGCCAGUCCCUCUCCGAUUGGCUGAGCGAAAACGGGAUUCCCGGAAUACAGGGCAUCGAUACUAGAGACCUCACAAAAAGAAUACGCAGCAAACAAAAUGGAUGUUUGGCAAAGAUAAUAAUUGACGGAACAUUGACUGAAAGCAUUCCUUUUGUGGAUCCAAAUGUUAGAAAUCUAGUUGCUGAAGUGUCUACACAGAAACCAAGGACCUUCAACAAGGAUGGCUUCCCGAAAGUGCUGUUUGUGGACUGUGGCAUGAAGAACAACCAACUGCGCUGCCUCAUCCAGAGGGGGGCUUCUGUCCACGUGGUGCCCUGGAAUCACCCCCUUCAGAUGGAUGGUUACCACGGCUUGUUCCUGAGCAACGGGCCCGGGAAUCCCGCCCUCUGCCAAGAAACGAUCCUGAACGUGAGAAAACUUCUCAAGCCCGGGGCUAAACCCAUUUUUGGAAUUUGCUUGGGUCACCAGCUGCUCUCGCUUGCCUCUGGUGCUGCCACCUACAAGAUGGAAUAUGGAAAUCGGGGUCACAACCAGCCCUGUAUCCUCUUGGACACGAAGCACUGCUGCAUCACAUCACAAAACCACGGUUUUGCCGUGGAUUCAAAGUCUUUGUCCGAAGACUGGCUCCCUUUGUUCACUAAUGCCAACGACCAUACGAAUGAAGGGAUAUUUCACAAAACUUUGCCGUUUUUCAGCGUACAGUUUCAUCCGGAGCAUUGCGCCGGGCCUCAAGAUCUGGAGUUCCUGUUCGAUUUGUUCAUCGGGCUGAUGGUUGACCAGAACAACAACAUUCAGGGGUGCCGCAUCGACGAGAGAAUCGAGUCCUUCUUCGCGAAACAAUCUCCGGCGAUAUCCGCUUACGAUCCGUUCCUCUGCGACUCGAAGCAGGAGAGGAGCAGAGAUGCCGCCAAGAAGAGGAAGGUGGUCAUCCUUGGAUCGGGAGGACUGUCCAUCGGCCAGGCGGGAGAGUUCGACUACUCCGGUUCGCAGGCAAUCAAAGCUUUGAAGGAAGAGGGCAUCAUCAGCGUGCUCAUCAAUCCAAACAUCGCCACAGUCCAAACGUCUCCGGGCCUCGCAGACAAAGUCUACUUCCUCCCGAUCACCACACACUACGUUACGGAAGUCAUCAAAUCGGAGAGGCCGGAUGGAAUCUUACUGACUUUCGGUGGCCAAACGGCCCUGAACUGCGGAGUGGAGCUCCAAUCCAAGAAGGUUUUCGAGAAAUACGGGGUCAAGGUGCUGGGGACCCCCAUUCCUUCCAUCGUCAACACCGAAGAUCGAAAGCGCUUCAACGAGGAGCUGAUUAAAAUCGGAGAAAAAGUCGUCCCAAACGCUGCAGCCUACAAAGUUGAAGAGGCCGUGGAAGCGGCGAAGAAAAUAGGCUAUCCCGUAUUGGUUAGGUCUGCCUAUGCCCUGGGCGGCCUGGGCUCGGGAUUCGCCCACUCGGAAGAGGAGCUGCGUGCCCUGGUCAUGCAGGCCCUGGCCUGCUCUCCCCAGGUCCUCAUCGACAAGUCCCUCAAGGGCUGGAAGGAAGUCGAGUACGAAGUCGUCAGGGAUGCGUACGACAACUGCAUUACCGUUUGUAAUAUGGAAAACGUGGAUCCGUUGGGCAUCCAUACGGGAGAAUCUAUCGUCGUAGCCCCCAGCCAAACGCUCACCAACGCAGAGUACAACAAGCUUCGUACGACGGCUAUCAAAGUCGUACGACAUUUCGGAAUCGUCGGGGAAUGCAACAUCCAGUACGCUCUGAACCCAGAUCUACAGGAGUAUUACAUAGUGGAAGUGAAUGCCCGCCUCUCCAGGAGCUCUGCACUGGCCAGCAAGGCCACAGGCUACCCCCUGGCCUUCUUUGCCGCCAAGUUGGCCCUGGGCAAGUCCCUGCUCGACCUCCAAAACUCCGUGACCUUGACCACCGCCUGCUUCGAGCCCAGUCUGGAUUACUGCGUCGUGAAAAUCCCCCGCUGGGAUUUGGGGAAGUUCCCCCACGUCAGCACCAAGAUUGGCAGCUCCAUGAAGAGCGUGGGCGAAGUGAUGGCCAUUGGACGUAAAUUCGAAGAGGCCUUCCAGAAGGCUCUAAGGAUGGUGGACGAGAGUGUCGUCGGGUUCGAUCCUUACAUCAAGGACGUCAAUGACGACGAACUCAAGCAUCCCACAGACAAGAGAAUCUUCAUCAUCGCAGCAGCCCUGAAGAACGGCUAUUCUGUAGAAAAAUUGCACAAAUUGACGGACAUCGAUUCGUGGUUCUUGCACAAGUUCAAGAAUAUUAUAGACUUCCAUACACAUCUUGAAAAUUUGAGGCCACAAGUCCAGCUGAGUGAUAUUUCUCUUUUGAGCCGUGACGUCGUCUUAAAGGCAAAACAGAUGGGAUUUUCUGACAAGCAUAUAGCAAGCUGCGUGAAAAGCUCGGAGUAUGUGAUCAGGAAGCACAGAGAGAACGUCCUCGGGAUCAAGCCAAUCAUCAAGCAGAUAGACACCGUGGCCGCCGAAUGGCCGGCCACCAUGAACUACCUCUACCUCACCUACAACGGAGUCUCCCACGACAUCGAGUUCCCCGGCGGAGCAGUCAUGGUCCUGGGCUCCGGAGUCUACAGGAUCGGCAGCUCCGUGGAGUUCGACUGGUGCGCCGUCAACUGCGUGGAGGAGUUGCGGAAGAUGAAUAAAAAAACGAUCAUGGUGAACUACAAUCCGGAGACAGUCAGCACUGACUAUGACAAGUGUGAUAGACUGUAUUUUGAUGAAAUUUCAUUUGAGACUGUGAUGGACAUCUACAACAUUGAAAAUCCCGAGGGCAUCAUUUUGAGUAUGGGUGGCCAAUUGCCCAACAACAUAGCCAUGGAUCUGUGGUUGCACAAGGCCAAAAUAUUGGGAACUUCUCCCGAGUCCAUCGACAAUGCAGAGAACAGAUUCAAAUUUUCCAGGAUGUUGGACAAUAUUCAUAUUUCUCAACCGCAGUGGAAGGAACUGACCACCUUGGAGACGGCCAAAGAGUUCUGCGAGCAAGUGGGCUACCCUUGCCUUGUCCGUCCGUCUUACGUCCUGAGUGGAGCAGCCAUGAACGUCGCCUAUUCUCAUCAGGAUCUGGAGACUUACCUGAACGAAGCCACGGCCGUUGGUACCGUGGUGGUCAUAUCCAAGUUCGUUAUGGAUGCAAAAGAAAUCGAUGUGGAUGCGGUGGCCUAUAAUGGGGAGCUGGUGUGCAUGGCUGUCUCGGAACAUGUGGAAAACGCAGGUGUGCACUCUGGCGAUGCCACUCUGGUCACCCCCCCUCAAGACCUGAACGAAGAAACUCUGGACAAGAUUCGCUGCAUCUGCUUCGCCAUUGGCAUGGCCCUGGAAGCAAAUGGACCUUUCAACAUCCAGCUCAUUGCUAAAGAUAAUCAGCUGAAAGUGAUCGAGUGUAACCUGAGAGUGUCUCGUUCCUUUCCCUUCGUGUCCAAAACCCUGAACUGCGACUUUGUCGCUCUGGCGACUCGAGUGAUAAUGGGUAUCAAACCGGAACCCAUGGAAGUGCUGAGUUGUGGGAGAGUUGGAGUUAAAGUUCCCCAGUUCUCCUUCUCCCGAUUGGACGGGGCCGAUGUGACCCUGGGGGUGGAGAUGGCCAGCACGGGAGAAGUGGCCUGCUUCGGAGAGAACGUCUACGAAGCCUACCUGAAGGCCCUCGUCAGCACUGGCUUCCACAUCCCCAAGAAGGCUGUCCUGCUAUCCAUCGGCAGCUACAAGCAUAAACAAGAGCUGUUACCGUACGUUCAAAUCUUGAAAAAGAUGCCUCUGAAAUUAUAUGCCAGCACAGGAACCGCAGAUUAUUAUUCUACAAAGGGAAUACCGAUCGAGCCAGUGGAAUGGCCCUACGACAACAAGGGGGAGAGCAAGGGCCACCUGAAGAACAUCACGGACUACUUGGCCCAGAAGGAGUUCGAUGUGGUCAUCAACCUUCCCAUGCACAGCGGGGGAUAUGCCAGAGCUUCCCACGGAUAUCAGACGCGUAGGAUGGCAGUCAACUACGCCAUACCCCUCAUCACAGACGUCAAGUGCGCCAAGCUACUCAUCGAGUCGCUGUACAGGAUAAGGGGAGAGCCCCCGGUGAAGCCCUACAUCGACUGCCUGACCGCCAGUCGCAUGGUGACCCUGCCGGGGUUAAUAGACGUGCACGUGCACAUGAGAGACCCCGGCGCCACACACAAGGAGGACUUUGCUUCCGGCACUGCCGCGGCACUGGCGGGGGGCGUGACACUGGUGUGUGUCAUGCCCAACACCAACCCCCCCGUGACCGACAAGGAUUCGUUCAAUCUCGCACUACAGAAAGCGAAAGCUGGAGCCAGGUGUGAUUAUGCCCUGUUUGCUGGAGCUACUCCCGACAAUGCAGAGUCCCUACAGAGCAUCUUCUCGUCCAUCGUAGGCCUCAAGAUGUACCUCAACCCCACCUAUGGACCCCUUCAGUUGCAUUCCCUGGAGGACUGGAAGCAGCAUUUCGAAAGAUGUCCCCACGACAUACCUCUCUGCGUUCACGCCGAAGGAUCAACUGCGGCCAAAGCGAUUUUGCUGUCAGUGUUCACACAUCGAUCCAUCCACAUCUGUCACGUUGCCACCAAAGAUGAGAUCCUGCUGAUAAAGGAGGCGAAGGAGAAGGGCAUUCCGAUCACCUGUGAAGUGUGCCCGCACCACCUGUUUCUGAGUUCCGAGGAUUUGCCCGGCCUGGGGAAUUCCAAGGGCCAAGUGCGGCCCUCGCUGGGUUCGUUGGAGGAUCAAAAGGCACUCUGGGAUAACAUCCAUAUCAUCGAUUGCUUCGCCACAGAUCAUGCACCCCACACCCUUUCGGAGAAAACGACUUCCGAUGCACCUCCCGGAUUUCCAGGUCUGGAAACGAUGUUGCCUCUCCUGCUCACUGCUGUCAACGAUGGAAAACUGACUUUGAAGGACCUGGAGGACAAGUUGUACCACAACCCGAAGAGGAUCUUCAACCUCCCGGACCAGAAGGACACCUACGUCGAGAUCGACCUCGACGAAGAGUGGGAGAUCGCCGAAAAGACGUCGUUCAGCAAGGCAGGCUGGACGCCCUUCGCGGGUCGCAAGGUCAAGGGCAGAGUGAGGCGCGUCGUGCUCAGGGGGGAAAUGGCCUUUGUCGACGGACAGAUUCUGGUGGAACCGGGUUUCGGUCAGAACAUCAUCGGCGUCAGAUCCGAAAUGGAUUCGAAGUCUCGAUCGCCCCUACACAUCAGAAGUAUUUCUCCCGCCAUACCACCUGUGCCUUCCGCUUUGCUGUCCCCUGCUGGUGGUAGGAUGACACCAAACCUGUAUAGUACAGACGCUAUGGGAUCCAGUCAAGAUCCAGGCAUGCCUACAGAUAUGCGUGCUUCCCAGUCCUUGCAAAACAUGAUGAACGAAGUGGCCAAGCAGCUGAUCCUGGACGUGGAAGAGCCGGCCAUAAUACCGAAGCACAAAUUGCCCGACCCUCACCUGGACCUCAAGCUGCCCCUCUUCUACGAGCCGAAGCAGAGACACCUGGAGGCGGAACCCAAGAUCCAGGAGCCGGUUUCGACCAAGCACAAGUCGGUCGACUCCUUCGCGGAACCGAAGUCUCUGGUCGUGGUCGAACCGCCGGUUUUGACCAAGCACAGGUCGGUCGAUCCCCAUUCGGACUCGAGGGCUCCUCUCUCGUAUGUACCGGGUGGGUCCACUUCGGCUUUCCAGGGGUUCCCUCAGUUGGUCAAUGAGUUGAGGGGGAAGCAUGUGCUGAAGGUGGAUAUGUUUACAAGAAAUCAAUUGCAUCGUUUGUUUGAGCUGGCAAAGACUUACAAGAGUUACGUGAAGAAAGGCGUGAGCCUCAGUACAUUAAAGGGCAAGGUGAUGACGAAUGUGUUCUACGAAGUGAGCACACGCACCAGGGUUUCUUUCGAGGUGGCCAUGCUGAGACUGGGGGGCACUGUGGUCAAUGUGACCGAAAGCUUCUCAUCCAUCAAGAAGGGAGAAUCGCUCGAAGAUACAAUAGCCGUGUUAUCCAGUUACUGCGAUGUCAUUGUUUUGAGACACCCCGAGCAUGGUGCAGCGCAGCGAGCUGCCUUCAUCUCUUCCAAGCCCGUCCUGAAUGGGGGGGAUGGGACGGGGGAGCACCCCACUCAGGCCCUCCUGGACGUCUUCACCAUCCGAGAAGAGCUGGGGACUGUCAACGGAUUGACCAUUACUUUUGUGGGGGACCUGAAGCAUGGACGUACUGCGCACUCUCUGGCUUGCCUGCUGACCAACUACGAGAAGCUGAGCCUGCACUACGUGUCUCCCGAAGGUCUGGAAAUGCCCGAUAGCGUGAAACGCUACGUUCAGUCCAAGGGCAUUCCCCAGAAAGAGCACAGCAGCCUGGAAAAGGUUUUGCCCGAAACCGAUGUCCUGUACAUGACGCGAAUCCAGCGAGAGAGGUUCCAGAAUGAAGCGGAUUACAAAAAGGCAUGUGGGCAUUUUGUGGUAACGACUGCGCUGAUGACGAAUGCCAAGAAGAAGAUGAUUGUCAUGCAUCCCCUGCCCAGAGUGGACGAAAUCAGUGCUGACUUUGACCGCGACCCUCGAGCAGUCUACUUCAGGCAAGCAGAGUACGGAGAAUACGUGAGAAUGGCACUUCUGGCUUCCGUUUUAGGACACUGAAACUAACGGACUCCUGUUGUCCGUCUAUGUCGAACAAUUUUACGUGGACUUUUACUGGGUGUGAACCCUGGCAUUGGAAUAAAACAUUCGUGCCUGAAACAUUUUAUCUA